AUGGCCACCGGCGCCUCGGCCGACCCGGCUAACGCCGAUGAUCAUCGACGUAACACAGCCGUAGCUAUCGAUGUGCCACGUCGUUCAGGUAAAUCCACAGUCGAAGCAGACGGAACCCGAGUACUGAUCUCCGUUGGACGAGAUGGUGUGUGGGGAUUUGCAUUGCUCUCACUUCUUAUUGUAUUCGAAGGAUCCUAUACGAUUAUUAUGCGAGCUGGUGAUGAACGAAAAUGGUUCUGUACCAGUCUUCUACUGUACAUCGUCGCCACUGCACCUCCAAUAUGGUUGCUUGAGACGAAGUUAUGUGAAUGGCGACGGGAAUACGAAUUACUCGGGGAAAGCAGAAUUGCAAUCAGCGGACCAGAUGAAGAACUGCAUCUACAACUACUUGAACAACUUCUCCUAGUUGUGCUCAUUGUUGGACGAUGGCUUCUGCCUAAAGGAGACAUCAGCCGUGAACAACUGUCGCAAAUCCUUCUAGCAUAUCUUGCAAUUUCGUCAGACAUUGUUGAAUUCUUCGAUGUUUUCAAACAGAAGGCAGUUUACAAUAACGUCAAUGUUCAACAAAUAGUCCUCGCUGCUUGGACGCUCAGUCUUCUUCAAUUCCCAUUCGUGCUCACCGUGAGCCGAGCAAGAAAAAUGCGAGUCGCCAUAACAAAAACCUACGAAGAGCUUAUAAUGCCUCAUACAGGACCACCAAAUUUUUGGGAGGUAUUCUACGAUGUCGACAUUUGGGCUAUCAUACUAGCCAACUCUCUUCAAGACAUUCCUUUUCUAUUAGUCCGUUUAUACUUAAUGCUGCAACAUAGUCUCGUCACCUAUACAAUGAUCUUCUUCACUUGUAAAAAUGCACUUAUCAUUGCACUUCAGACGUACAGGGCCUUCAUCCUGCUCAAUGACCGCUAUAUUCGUCCAAAACCUCCCGAUCUUGACAUGCUCGACUCGCACACUCACCACACUCGUGACCAUCAACGCAAGCCAACCGCUCAUCGUAAAAAAAGAUCGAAACGUUUCAAAAGCGAAGAACGAGAGCACCUGUUUAGCCCUCGCCGAGAACGAAAUCAAAAACGAGAUCGCCGUAGAACGAUGGACACUUUAGAAGAAACAACAGCGUAA